AUGGAGGAGGAAAUUAAGAAGGUUGUCGACCUUCAAGAACAAAUCGAUACUGAUGUCCUAAUUCAUGGAGAGCCUGAGAGAAACGACAUGGUUGAGUACUUUGGCGAGCAGUUGUCUGGUUUUGCUUUCCCUUUUAAUGGGUGGGUGCAAUCUUAUGGAUCCCGUUGUGUCAAGCCACCGAUCAUCUAUGGCGAUGUUAGCCGCCCCAAGCCAAUGACUUUUUUCUGGUCAUCUGCGACUCCAAGCAUGAUGAAAUUCGAAACUUGCUACCAGAUUGCCUUGGCCAUCAAGGACGAAGUUGAGGAUCUCGAGAAGGCCAGUAUCAAUGUUAUCCAAAUCGACGAGGCUGCUUUGAGAGAAGAGCUGCCGCUAGGAAGUCCGAGCACAGCUUCUACUUGA